AUGUUCUCCUCUAUUUCAACAGCUCCGGCGAAACAGUCGGUUAGCGAUACCAUAUCCGUCCUGAGUGGUCGCCUGAGCUCGGCAACAUUGUUGGAAGAUCGACGUGCAGCCAUUCUUGGUCUUCGUAGCUUUGCCAAAGAUUUUCCCGCCACAGUUGCCUCAGGGGCGCUUCGAAGCUUGAUUGGCAGUUUGAGUAACGACGGGGAAGAUGUUGAUACAGUCAAGGUUGUGUUGGAAACACUGCUGAUGCUGUUCAGUCCCAACCAAGACAGCCCAGAAGCUUCCGACGAGAUCGUUCUCUGGCUAGCAGACGAGUUCACGCAACGCCAGGAUAACAUCACUCUUUUGCUUGAUUUACUCGAAGGAGCAGACUUUUACUCCCGACUGUAUUCUCUGCAGCUUCUAACGGCAAUCUUGGCAGCUCGUGCAGAGAGGACCGAAGAGUGCGUCCUAAUAGCACCACUGGGAAUCUCUCGCCUCGUAGCCGUUCUCGAUGACCAGCGCGAUGCCAUUAGGAACGAAGCUAUCACUCUCUUGACAUUUCUUACCCCCUCAUCGGCGGACAUACAGAAGCUAGUUGCUUUCGAGAACGCAUUUGACAGGUUAUUCUCUAUUAUAGCACUGGAUGGAUCAUUGGCUGAUGGAGGUCGAGUUGUCGAGGAUUGCCUAAUCCUCCUGGCAAAUCUAUUGCGGGCGAACGCAUCGAACCAGUCCCUUUUUCGCGAAUCUGGUGGAGUCAAAAAUUUGGCCACCUUGCUGCAAGGUGUCUUACAAGGACAAGCAGCUGUGGCUGAUGAUGUCGCAGGGUGGGUUCAAGCACAACGGGGUCGUAACAUUUAUGCCCUUCUUGCCGUGGUUCGCCUCCUACUUGUGCAUGGUGCUGUUGGCACCGCCCAAAACCAGUUGGCAUUAUGGCAACAUGGCUUGCUUUACCACGCCCUUCGUCUUUCUUUCAGUGCAGCGGUACAGACGCCAGUCAAAGCCGAGGGCAAUACGACUCUACAGGAGAGCUUCGCACAACUGCAAGUCCCCUCUCCCCUUUCUCAACCCAGCUCAGGGGCGAGAGACGGGGGUGGCCCGGAUAAAGAUCCCGAAGUAUAUGUCAUUGACGGACUACUUGAUCUGACCCUCGCAGUCUCGGCCAAUGACAUGUUUGACGUGCGAAUUGCAGCCUGUGACUGCCUCAAAGCCUACUUCUUUGAUCACGCAGAGAUACGCCUUCACUUCCUCAAACGAGCAAUUGAAGGCUACAAAACGGGCCUUGACGAGACAGCUAAUGUGCUCGCUGUCCUGCUUCGGCCCUACAACGACGACGCCAUUGUCAAUCCUUACCGCCCCUGGUUUGCUGCCAUAAUCACCUUCCAUCUUCUCUUCAACAACCCUGAAGCAAAAAGUCUUGCCAUGGCAGUGACUGAGGGUGAUGCAGAAGAUGGCGAAGAAAUAGUCACUAGUAUUCAGUCUGUUGCUGCUCAUCUCCUUUCCGGGCUCGGUCGUGAACAGGACAGCCGGGUUGCGACUGGAUAUUUGAUCCUCCUUCUCGGUUGGAUGUUUGAGGACCUGGAGGCUGUCAACGACUUUCUGGCCGAAGGCAGUAAUAUACAAGGCCUGAUACAGGUAGUCGUCCGGCCUGGCCCAGCCGACGAAAUCGUUCAAGGACUGUGUGCCAUGAUUCUGGGUGAAAUUUACGAGUUCUCGACCAAGGACUCCCCUAUUCCCAGAGCUAGCCUUCACGCAAUCCUACUCUCUCGGCUGGGAAAGGAAAAGUUCAUUGACAGACUUAGCAGGUUGCGAACCAACCCAUUGAUGCGCGACUUUGAAGUCCUCCCUCAGAAGCUUGAUCCAUCCUCUCCGGGUCGACUGCCUGAAGUGUUCUUUGAUAUCACUUUUGUGGACUUCUUCAAAGAUAACUACAGUCGGCUAUUGCGGGCCAUUGAUCGAGAUCCUGGCCUGGAAAUUCCCGUAUCAGCAAAUGGCGUGCAACAAGGCAUCUCGCGAGAUCUGGUGGACUCCCUACGCGCCCAGCUAGGAGAGAAAAGCAAAGCGCUUGAUGAGUUACAUAUGGCCUCUACUACUCUUGAGAGGCAGCUUGGGCAAGAACAGGCAGACCAUCGGAAGAGUCGAGAAAAUGCAGCCGUUGAUAUUGCCAAGGUCAAUGCCGCGGUUGAGGCCGUUCGGCGAGACCAUGCUGCUGAGCUAGAUAAGAUGCGUCAACAGCUUGCUUCCGAGCAGGCUGAGCACGCUCGGCAACUGAAGCAAGCGAUCCAGUCUAAAGAAGUCGAGUUGGAGGCUGAGCGUCGCAAACUAGUUUCGAUUCAGGAAGAUUACAAAAGGCAGAUCGAUUAUACGAAAAAAACGAGCGAGGCCGAGUUAGAGAAACUGCGACGAAAGAUGGCCUCACUUGGCGACGAUCAUGAAAAGCAACUGAGCAAAGCCAGUGAAGCUGCAGAAGUUGAGGUUGGCAGACUCAAACGUCGUGCCGACGCCGAAGCCGCGGAUCUACGCGCCACUAUCAGCAGGCUAGAAGUCGAUCUUAUGAAGACGAACAAAAAUAAAGCGCAGGAGCUUCAUACACUGCAAGAGGAGCAUACCGCGCGACUAAACCUGACACAGCAACAGAGCUUGGCCAAGCUCGAGAAGCAGAUUGACCUGGCGGAAGAGUCUGUCAGCAAAUGUGCGCGCCUCGAGAAAGAACUGGAUGAAACCAAACAGGACGGCCUCAAGAUUGCAGCCAACCUAGCGGAGGUUACUAACGCCAAGCAAGCAAUACAGACAGAAUUGGACGACCUGCUAAUGGUAUUUGCCGACGUCGAAGACAAGGUCAGCAAGUACAAGGCUCGGUUGAGGAAGAUCGGACUGGAGGUCUCUGAUGGCGAGGAUGAAGAAAGCGAGGACGAGAGCGAAGACGGGCAGGAGCAGAGCGACGAUGAUGGCGAAAGUGAGGACGAGGCGGGCAGCGGGCGAGUGACAGCGAGUCGCAAGACUGCUUGA